UUUUCCCAUGCCCGCUACAUUUCCCAUUUGCUUUGAUGAAAACGAAGAUCAAUCAGCGCUUUUUUCCCGAAACCCUAGAUCAAAUAUCAACAAUUUUUCAUGGUUUUGUGAGAGAUGGAUCCUCUUAAGCAGCAAUUCUUCCCGUGAAGCAAAGAAAGGGGGAGCUGAAUAGUAACUAUGUUCUUUUUGUUGGUCAUGGAUUUUUUACAUUGAGUUAUGCUUUGAGUUUUCAUUUUGUGGCUGAGUUGGAAACCAGUGUAUGUCAACUAGUUCAAUCAAUGACACUGAAUGAGAUGCACGCCAGAGAUGUGAAGUUGGUUUCCGGAGAUGCGCUUUCUCGCCAAUCAUCUAAUUGUCACUAACAGAGGGAUUGCAUGCCAGCUAUUCCAUCAAUGGCACUGAAUGAGAUCCAUACAGCUGAGAAGAGAUAUGAAGUCGGGAGAGAGUUUGGAAAACAAGAGGCAAAGCAGAGGCAAUUGAGAUCCAUACUUAACAAGCUCACACCUGCAAAUUUUGAGGUUCUCUUUGAACAAGUGCUAGAUGUCGCUUUGGUUGACGCUAGCGUUGUUCCUGAUUUUGUCUCGCAGAUUGUUGGAAGAGCUAUUGGGGAACCAAUUUACUGUGAAAUGUAUGCUGAGCUCUGCUACCUCAUCGAUGGUAAACUAUCGGUUUAUUAUAGCAGCGAUAAUAAUAUAUUUACUGUGAAAAGAUUGGUCCUGAAUGAAUGUCAGAAGAUAUGUGAGAGAGAUUUUGGGGUUGUAGAUGAAGAAACGAUUAAAUUGUCUGAAGAUGGAAGAAAUUAUGACAAGAUCAAAACACAUAUUCAUAUGCUUGGAAGCAUUCAAUUCAUUGGGGAACUCUUCAAAACGACAAUGAUUCCCUUGAAAAUCAUGCAUCAUAUCAUUCAGGUGUUGUUAGAAGGGUAUCAGAAUCCUGAUGAAAAAAAUAUAGAAGCUUUAUGCUUGUUGAUGAGUACUGCAGGCGAGAUGCUAGAUGGUAAGAGUGAAAAAUUAAUGGAUAAAUAUUUUUGCAGGAUGCUGGAGCUAUCAGCAAACAAAAAACUAUCUUCUCGUGUUAGAUUCAAGGUGAUGAAUGCUAUUGAUCUUAGAAAUAAUGACUGGCAAGAAAGGAGGAAAAUUGAGAGGCCAACAAAGAUUUGGGAGAUGCAUUUAGCAUGCAAGCGGCAUACUCAAUAUCGUCCCUAUGGUUUCACCAUUAUCUCUCAAACACAGCUUGACUAUGACUCUCCAGUCCCUUGUGUUCAAGAUGUUUUUGAAGAGGGAGUGCUCAAUAGAAGGUACGAACACAUUGGGCGCACGCUGUCUCGAAGCAGUCCCAAUGAUCUAAUUAGAUCCUCACAUGCAAAGAUGUUAGAUCCUGACAAUCCUGACAGACUACCUUUUGGAUAUGGAUCAAGGGAACAUCAAUUAGGCCCUUCAGAUGUUGUAGAAACACAAAGAAAAUUGGUUCCUUCUUCUCGGACACCUUUGGUUGUGUUGCACAAAGCUGAGAGGAGGUAUGAAGUGGGUAGAGUGUUUGGCAGAGAAGAUGCCAAACAAAGAAAGCUUAGGGCUAUACUUAACAAGUUAACUUUCCAGAAUCUUGGCAAACUCCUUUUAGAAGUCAGAGAGGUAAAUAUUGAACAUAUUAUCACUCUUUCUGGUUUUGUCUCACAGAUCUUUGACAAAGCUUUACUUGAACCAACUUACAGUGAGGUAUAUGCAAAUUUCUGCUCCUGUCUUGUCAAUGAACUUCCUGGUUUUCACAGGAAUGAUGAAACAGUUACUUUUAGAAGGUUGCUUCUAACCAAAUGCCAAGAGAAAUUUGAAAGAAGGGAUAGAGAUCAACCACCUGUGAAAGGAGGCGAGGGGGAAGGCAUUGAUAGUAAGUUAUAUGAAGUUGACUCAAAGGUAUCAGAGUUCCAGGGAUGCCACCAAAGACUGGGAAAUAUUCAGUUUAUUGGAGAAUUGUAUAGAGUGCGGAUGUUGGCAGAAGGGAUAAUGCUGUGUUGCAUUCAGACCUUGUUGAAUGGGCACCAGAGUCCUAAUGGUGAAGAUAUUGAAGCCUUGUGCAAAUUGAUCAGCAUUAUUGGUGAUAAGAUAGACCAUCCCAGAACGAAGAAACGUCUUGAUGCAUAUUUUGUCAUUAUGGAACAGUUGUCCACUAGUCAAAAGUUAUCUCAUCGGAUUAGAUUUAUGUUGAUGGAUGUGAUUGACCUUAGACAAAAUGAAUGGCAAAGAAUAAGGAAAACUGAAAAGCUGCAGAAAACUGAAGAUGUGCAUACAAUAUAUAGAAACGGAUUGAACGUGAUAGACUUAUGUUCUUCGGAUGAGAAUGAUGUCAAUUUGGAUGAUCACUUUGUUAAUAACACAUGCUUGGAUGCCAAGAUACCGAGGAAGGAGAGAAUGGUCGAGGAGGAUUGCUACAUUUUGGAGCCAGAUGCUUGUCAGUCACUGGCUGCUGAUCUUGAGCACAAAGUUGCACUUACUGAUGAUUCAGAAGAAGAUGUCUGUAUUAUUUCUGAAAAAGGCCAGGUUGCAUGUAGAGAUUACCCCCAUCCCCGGCAUCUUUGUGCACAAUAUCCCUUUAACUUGACAAAUCAUGAGAAUUCUUGUUCUCAGUGUUAUUGUUAUGUUUGCGAUGAACGAGCUCCCUGUGAACAGUGGGAAGGGCAACUCGGCCAUUGCCAUGCUUCUGACAAAGAACAUAAGUGGAUUGAUCUGAGAGCUGUUUUCAGAAUUAAAAGGAAAAUUUGAAGAUGUCUGAUACUAUUUAACUUUCUUUUAAAAUGUUCAACCAGUAACUGCAUUUCAUUUGCUACUGCAGCUGUUGUUAUGUGUA